UAUAAAGCAGUGUGUCUAAAACAAUUUUUCCAGCUAUUUUUAAAGAUAUUUCAUGCAUGAAAUGGUCAAUAACAUGGUAGCAGGAGAAUCCCCUGUUUGUAGCUUACUGACUACCUGUAAGCAGAGAACUACUGGUAUUGCGGGUGACGGUGAUGCUGUAUCAGGGGUAUGGAGUAAGGGAUAUGGUGUGGCUGGGGGUGACGAGAAACUCUCAAGCAUCUGUAAAUGUAUGAUACCUUUUGGUUAAAGAUGGUGAAUUGUUAUGUAAAAGAAAGAAAUGAGAUUUCUAUAGUACAGUGACCAUUUAGAUCUUUCCAGUGAAUUCUAGGUACAGUAACCUGAUCCCUGUUCCACAUGCACCUGUCAAACAGAACAUGAUCCCUCUCCCUUUGCAUGUCUGGAUUGUUCUACUGGCUGGAGGUCAGUUAUCAAUAAUGCACGCUCCCUAUUUCUUCGCUGUGACUUAAACUGGAGCACAGAGCAAGCAUCUCUCAGCCAUCAGUCCAGCGUACAGCUCCAAACAGUUUGCAGUUCUGGUUGGAAAAUGGUCUUCAAUGACAGUGCAGUUGUAUCUGAGAAGGAGCUCUGGUAGAUCAGAGAUGGUGUCCCCAGCAAUUGUGCUGGCUUUCGUCCCUUUACUCGUGACGCUGAUAAUCCGGUACCGGUACCACUUCCUGCUGUUGUACCGGGCCGUGCUGGUUCGCAUGGUGCUGGACUGCACGACAGGGAUCUCCCGUGAAGAGCGGGCGUUUCAGUACCUGCUCACACAUUCCCUCCCAGGGGACCCGGACAGCAUCCUGGACACCUUCGACCACUGGUCCAGCCGUGUGGAGUACAUGAGCAACAUUGGCCCCAAGAAAGGUAAAGUUCUGGACCGCCUCAUUACGGACAAUACCCCUCUGACUGUGCUGGAGCUGGGCACACACUGUGGCUACUCUGCGGUCCGUAUCGCACGUGGACUGCCCCUUGGUGCCAGGCUCUAUUCUGUUGAGAUGGAUGAGUGCAAUGCCGCCAUAGCCGAGAAGGUCAUCCGAUUGGCUGGAUUUGAUGAUGACACGGUGGAGCUGAUUGUGAGCCCCUCAGAGGAGGUGAUCCCCCAGUUGAGGGAGCGCUUUGGGAUUGAACGUCUGGACUUCGUGUUCAUGGACCACUGGAAGCGCUGCUACCUACGAGACCUGCAGCUGCUGGAGGGGAGCGGGCUGCUGGGGAAGGGAAGCAUUAUCCUGGCAGACAAUAUCAUCUUCCCCGGGGCACCGCACUUCCUGCGCUACGUCAAGAGCUCCGGCCUGUACCAGCACCGCAUUCACCAGGCCACGCUGGAAUACUUCCGGGGCAUCCGAGACGGCAUGGCAGAGCUCACCUUCAUCGGAACCAAGUAGAAACCUGUCUGUGAAGACAGAAGGGGCUGCUACCUGUUAACUUUUAAUAUUGAAGAGUUAAUACAUGCUGUGAUAAUUUGUCAGUAUUUUAAUGCUUAUUUCAACAGACUUUAUUUUUUUUAAUGUUAUUUGUCUCUAUUCAGAUUGUAUUUAAAUGUUGUCAACACAAAUUUGAUUGAGUUAGUAGGGCUAGAUUAUGGCUAGAAUUAGUUUUGCGAGUUGGUUAUUUAAGUUACUAUUGCUUCCUUAUUCACACAGAAUUCUAGCUCCUUUUUUACGGUAGGAUUCUUUUUGGGGUCAGCAAUAAGUAAACUGAAAUACUAUAUCUAUACCACCUUGCAUUACCUUUUAUAUGAAAACCAUUUACUCAUACAGGGUCAAAUCAGUAACAUCAUGGAUUUUUUAAAUUUAAUAAACAUGAGAACAAUUGCAAAUGAUCACCAUUUUAUUUUUAAAAGACUUUAGAUUCUUCUCUUUUGGUGUGGUUCUUUCAGAAUAUUUUCUUUAAGUGUUUUUACAAUACUGUACAGAAUGCUUAUUUGUUCAUUACAUUUUAUAUAUCAUCUUAUUUUCAGAAUGGUUUGAUAUUUAAUUAAAUACUCAAUGUCCAAUUAAGCGAGCAGCUGCCAACCUGGUUAAGUCCUUUUAAAUAUGUAAUUUAAGGGGAAGUAAUUUUAAAGCCAUUGUUUUAUAUAGAAUAUACAACCCAUUUUCACUAACUUGGUUAUUUUUUAAAAUCUGGAAUUAUUUCUCAAAUGGCAGUCAACCAUGAAAAUGAACACAAAUAAAGAAUUCAAUUGGACAGUAGACUACCAGAAGGGUGAAGACAUGCUGUUGGCAUCUGAACAUUUCAGGGCAAAGUUCUUUGGUAAUAAUCAGUGUUUGUAUUACAGGCAAUUAACACAGACAAUCUAAAGCACUUGGUUCACAGUUCAUUUUCUAAAGUUUAGAUUGAGCAGUAAGAUGGAUUGUGAAGCAUUGAUCUAAUGCACAGACAAUGAGUGAUCAGUACAUUGUGUUCAUGAAUAAAAAAACAACACUUCAGAACAAGCUCUUCUUUAUACAGGAAAAUGUGAGACCUACAAUGACAGAAAAUAAGGAAGAAAGAUAUACUAAAACAAUUGUUAAGUGCUGUGAUGCUUGAAAGGUGUAGAAUUGCUGCUGGUUGAAACUCAUAUAUGUAUUACACUAUAUACUGAUAUACAAAUACCCUUAUAUCUCCCUCUCUAUAC